CUCAUUCAUAAUUCAUACGUCCCUCCGUCUACUACGAGGAACAUCCUGUAUUUUCGGAUAAACAAAUAUAUUCUAACCUAUUUGUGUGGUUCCCAGAGCGCGUUUAUUGAUCGAAGACAUUAAAUUGUGUGUAGCAUUGUUGCCGAAAAUUUGUAGCGGUGAGAGAUGAGCGUGAACGAGGAUUGGGACGUGGAGCAGCACAAGGUGGAAUACGAGUCCGACGAGCACUGGGAGCUGCGACGUAAAUUUCUGCUCGCCCACAAGGACAAGUUCUCGGAGGACGUGCUCGUUUGUUUAGCCCAAGUGUUCGUCAAUGUCGAACUGUUAGGAUGCAGAUAUCCGCAAGAAACGAUGGACCUAGUGAAGGAAUUGUCGCAGGACGUCGCGGCCGAAUAUAGAGAAAAGCAAAAGAAAAAGUUGCAAAGAACGUUUGUGGAAGCGUCACAGGCAGCUAGUUCUAAGGUGAAAGGAUGCGCCGCUAAAACAUCUACUGUCACAGAAAGAUCUGUACCGAACACGCCUAAUCAUAUACCAAACACAGCCAAUCAUAUGGAUCAAUCUUAUAAAAAUAAAAAACGUUCCAAGAAAAAUAAAAAGCUCGACGUUAUGAAGACAUUGCCUCCUAAUGCCAUAAAAGAAUCUGUAUCCAACGAAAUCAGUCAUGACUAUCAGCCAUGCAAAAAUCCUGAUAUCGAGGAAAGACUGUCCAAAAGAUUAAAGACAGAGGAAGACGUAUCAUUGAAAGAUCAAGAUUUAUGUAGAGAUUUAUGUAGAGAUAUCGUUCUGUUAGAAAGACCGGGUGAUAAUGUGCAUACUAUAUUAGACGUUUCAGCCGCUGUAUCUGGUGUGGCCUUAAAGUACAACUACUCUAAGAAAGGAGAAAAAGGCUGGGAAUGCUCUCUUAAUAUUGCUAAAUCACAGCAGUUGGGUUGCAGCAUCAACUCUAAUAAGAAAGUAGCCAAAAAAGAAGCAGCCACCAUUGCAUUAGAAAAAUUACAAAAGCACUGCUAUACGGUUAAGGUUAAGCAAGAUUCGGAUUCAAAGUCGCGUGUAACUGUAACAGCAGAGGAAAUAAAACCACAGGAUUCUACCCCCGACGACGAUUGGAAAGUAUCUAAUUGCGUUGGAAAGAAGCUGAUGAAAAUAAUGGGCUGGUCCGGCGGUGGUCUUGGAAAAUCGGAGCAGGGUAUUAUGGAACCUAUGUCUGCGACGGUCAAGUCACAAAUAAAUCGAGAGGGUCUUGGCUUGAAAACAAAUUCUUACAAGGCAGACGAAGUGAAAGCCAAAUGUCGAAAACUGUUUAAAGAUCUUUUACAAAAAGAUGAUUGUAUGAAUAGCGAUAUUAUGUUUCUGGAUUUUCCCAAGGAAGACAGAAUGCUGAUUCAUCAGGUUGCACGAACAAUGGGUCUCAAGUCGUGCAGCUACGAUAAAGAUAAACGAAAACUGAAAGUCUCACGUAAACUCGAUAUAUGGAAUUUGGUCAGGGAACUGAAUAGUCUUGGCGGAGUCACCGAGAAAUACGAACUGGUAAAACCGACCGACGAAAAGGUCGUUUCGUUGCCAACUUCUAUGGACAUAUGAAUAAACGAUAAAUAACGAUAAAUAAACGAUAUGUGGUCGAACGAUACCUUCUGUGACAUUGAUGUAGCACAUAGAUGUAUGGAAAAUAAAUAGAUAAUCUCUUUUUCAGAA